AUUUGGAGCGGUGUCAUUGUAAACUGAUGUGACUUUAGUUCUUAAUGUAUACAGCAAUAAUAAACAAUAUAGGUGUUUAGUAUAUCGUAUUACAGCUAAAUUCAUGUCCAAACAGAAGUCGUGGAAAGCAUAGGCCUUCGUUCUGUUUCGAACGAACGUAAAUAUUUCUACAUCUUAAUCAGUAAAAUCGAAAAAAAUGUACGAAGACCAAUCGGUUAAUUUGCGUGCUGUCAACCGAUGUGAUGAUGAAGAUAAUAUCAGAGUUAGGAAUAAUUCAACACUUCUAUCGUCCUCAUGCCCACAACUCAAUAUAAUUAACAAUGGUUCAGAUAGCGAUGAUAAGGAAGAGGAAGCCUUGUUUCCUGAAGGUCAAUUACUAAAUGUAAACCAGUCAGCACACAGUGCAUUGGGAUAUAUAGAUAACCCUGUACUUGCUGCAAAGGAGAUUAGCCACCAUGCUAAAGAAACUCUGCAUAAUGCUAUUGACAAAGUAGAUCGCUUCGCCCACAAAGUGUGGGAUGGCCGUUGGAGAGUAGUAUCAUUUUUCCAGCUUCAGGAAUGGCAGCAAGAUAAUGAGUUUCUCCACCAUUGGCAUAGGCCACAAAUGCCGUGCUUUAAAGCUUGUUUUGGCUCAAUAUUUCGACUCCACACAGAAACAGGAAACAUUUGGACUCAUUUAAUAGGUUUCGUUUUAUUCAUUGGGAUAUGCAUAUACUUUCUAUGCCUCCCUGCAACACAAUUCAUUAGCGAAUGGCAGGAAAAAGUUGUUUUUUUCCUGUUUUUCCUCGGAGCCGUCCUCUGUUUAUGUUUUUCUACACUUUUCCACACAAUGGGUUGUCAUUCUGAAAGGGUUUUUAGAAUUUUUGGAAAGUUAGAUUAUUCUGGAAUAGCUCUUAUGAUAAUGGGCUCCUUUGUUCCUUGGAUCUACUAUUCAUUCUAUUGCGACAUAGAACCCAAGGUGAUUUACAUGUCAUGUGUUUGUGUUCUUGGUGUCUUGUGCAUUGUGAUAUCUCAAUGGGAAAAGUUCAGUACAGCAAAAUAUAGAAGUGUUCGUGCAGUGUUGUUUGCUGCACUUGGUUUAAGUGGGAUUGUACCAGCUGUACAUACAAUGGUUCGACAAGGAUUCCUUAGAUCCGUUACAGUUGGCCAACUUGGAUGGCUCAUUCUCAUGGCUGUCCUUUAUCUAACAGGAGCAUUUCUUUAUGCAAAAAGAAUACCGGAGAGAUAUUUCCCAGGAAAAUGUGAUCUAUGGUUUCAGAGCCACCAAAUAUUCCAUAUCCUUGUAGUGUUGGCAGCUGUGGUUCACUUCCAUGGGAUUUCAAAUCUUCAGCAAUUUCGCUUUUUAGAUGGCGGGCAAUGCAUGGCUAAUGUUUAAUUUUUUAAUUCGUAAUUCAAAAAUAAUUUAUUAUAAGUUCUUUAAAAAGUCGAUUUAUGGUUUGCUAUGCAUUCUUGGAUGCACAAGUCUUGGCAGAUUUAAGAUAAAGAGACUUUAUUUAUACCUUUAUGUUUCUGCUAUAAUUUUUGAAUAUAUGUGAAAAUUCACAAAUUUGUGAAAAUAUAUGUUUUUGUUGAAUAAAUAUAAUUUAGCACUUUCACAACAACGCACAUCACUUCAGAGUUUACUUCCUUUAAUUAUUUUAAAUUACCAAAAACUGCUAUUUUAUUAUAUUUUUUAGUUUAACUAUAUGAAAUUUAUAAAACAGCUUAUGUUAAAAUAGGCAAUUUUGCUAAAAAAUCUGUGUGACCUAGGAUAUGUGCUUAAACCUUUCAUAUGUUGUUUUACACAACCUAAAUACCCCUUGAAGGUGUGUUAAAACCAGAUAACAUUGUCUUUCUGUUCCUUAUAUUUGUUUACUUGUGUGCAACCAAUUCCUGGUGGGCAUUGUAGUUAUAUUCAUACACGGGGUGUUAUCUAAGGGAGUUUUGCACAAUUUUGUGGUUUUCAGUUUUUAGAAACUUUUAUGUGCGGUAAUUUUACUUUUUUGUUGGUAAUUGGUUUCUUCACGAUCACUUAUUACAAUUCCCUCACUUA